AUGGAUAAAGACGUGUGUAAAAAUUUCUAUGCUAUAAAUAACUCGAUUCCCCAUAAAUUGGACAAUAAAGGGAACUAUCAAUUUAUUUUGAAUCAAAACAUUUUAAAUGCGUAUUGUACUAGUAACAAAUGCAGUAGUAAUCACGAAAAAAUUAAUGCUGGAUGUUUAUAUUUGUUUGAUGCAUUUUUUGAGAAUUCUUCUGUGUUUGAGUCUGUUGCAAAAGGUAACAUAAAUGUUUUUGAAUACAUUAUGAUAUGGUUAAGUGAAAUGUUAAACCAAAUCGAAACUAAAGAAAAUGAAAGUCUACAAUUUUUAUAUAGUAUAUAUAUAAAUAAUGAUAAUUAUAAAAAGUCCAUAGCGAGUUUUACUAAGUAUAAAGAUUAUAAGGAACUUAUAGAUAAAACCAAUAUGAUGAAAAUGAAUAUUAAAGAUAUAUCUAAAUUAUAUGAUGCAUUUAUUACAUUAUGUAUGAUGCAUUAUGAAUUUGAUGAUAAAAGUCCAAAUUGCAAGAAAUAUUUGGAAGGAGCUAACAAAUUUGUUGGGCAAUAUAAAAAACUUAAGGGAGAUUCUAGUAUUACUGAUAAGAGUUCAUAUGAUCAACUAUUGUCUACUUUAUUAAAUGAUUAUAAUAAUUUUAUAAAUAAAUGUAAUAGUGUUAAUUGUACAAAUCUUCCAUCCCUUCAAUCGAUAGAAAAAGCAGAAAAUUAUAUACUAAGUUCUAAACAAAGUUCUGAAGAUGCAUUAUCAAGUUCGUCGACAGCAAACAAGUUAUUUAUAGUUUUAUCGAUAUUUGGUGCAAUAGCAAUUUUUUUAGGAAUCUCUUAUAAGUAUUCGUUAUUUGGAUUUCGGAAAAGAGCUCAAAAACAAUAUUUAAGAGAAAAGCUAAAAAAUAUAAAGAAGAGAAUGAAUCAUUAA